UAUGGUUAACAUGCUGGUUUUCCUUGUGGGUAACAAGGACGUGACCGAGCUAUAAAGCACCGUCAUUCGUGUGUGUGAAAGUGAAAUGAUAGUGCCCCGCGCCCGGUACAUGUAAUUUUUUAUGCUUGAUUUUAAACAACUAAACAAAAUGGGGACUUGUUUCUUAUUUGUUAGAUGCUGCAGCCAAAUUUGCAUUUAAAAGUUUAACCUUCUCCUGAAUUUUGUUGUUUUUAAGUUCAGUCGGACUCCGACUGUCGGAGAAACAAACGUUACUGCGAUCUGUGUUGUUACUGCCCUUUGAUCUGCAUUCAGUAAAGUGUUAUAAAAGAAGGCACGGCAAUUUUUAACCUUUUUUAAAUGUGUAAACAUUAUGUUUAGAUAGUACAGCAAUAAAAAAAAGUGCUGCAAUAAUAUCGCACACGGCAAUAUUAAGCCACUCUGAAUCACCGCAGGGGGAAUUCCUCAACCGCGACAGCCCAAGUAGGUUCAUUUUCUUCGUAAAGGACAGGCCAAUGAGUACUUAUGAACUUUAACAGUAUCCUUAACCUAUCCUGUUCCAUAUCAUCACACCUGUGAAGAUGCAAAUCCUUCUAAUAAAGUUGUCUUUUCUGGCUUUCUAACUCUACAAGUUGGUACAAUCAUAUUCUGUGGUACCUACAAGAGGCUCUGAAAUCUAAAGUGUUUAAUAAUGUUGAAUACUCCACUGUAAUGAAUGAUGUAUGUUUACCCUGUAAUGAUUUAUUCCAGAUCGUAACAGCACAACUAAGCUAACUGUUAAUGGGGAUGCAGAAUGUGAUGAAACACCCAGCUGACUCUAGAACACGUGGCUCUGAGAUCAGGUUCACACCAGCUUGGGUUUCACGAGUUAUUCUGCAGAAUCUAAAGACGCCAAUAAGUGUGACGCCUUCUUCAGACAUUGGUGUGCCUGCCUGUCCGACCGUGUGUGCCUGUUGUUGCAAAGGCUGAAUCUUAACAGGUAUGGAAAUGUUCAGCCUUAUGUGUGUUUGAUGCAAACAUACUGAGCAUCACCUGGCGCCCGGAGCAAGGCUCAUGAAUAAGAUAUUGGUUGUUUAGUGUCUUGUCUCGCAGGGCUGACAGGGCCGCUGCCUCACCUGGUGGAACACGCUUCUGCUUUAAAUCAGAGGAUUUCUAAGGCUGUUUCCUGUUUUAGCUGGACUCUCGUUUAUUUGCUGCGGGUGGAAACAGAGAGAUGACACAUUGUAGUGACAGUGGUGAACAAAGUGAGGACAGCACAGACAUUCACAACAAGAACCAGAGGAAAAGAAGGAAGCAGGUGUCGUUCCCUCCUGAUGAACAGAUGGUGUCUGGGUUUGCUGAUCCCAGAGACGCUGGUCCGACAGCCCACAGCUACGAGUCCCUGAACCAGGUGAUUGAGGCGUACCAGCAGAGCUGCAGGAAAAACCAGGUCCAACCCAAAGGAACCAUCCUGCAGCAGCUCCAGGAACACAUCUGGGCAACAUCAGUGAGUCUUUGUUCCACAGCGGGAGCUUAGUCUCCUCUGCCUCUUUACUUAAACAAACAUCAGUCUCCAGGCGUGAGAAAUGAAACAUCAGCUC